AUGGUGUCCGGUACGGAGACCGUGCACUACAUCCACCUUCACAACUCCAGCCAGUCGGUGCUGGAGGCUCUGCGCACACAGCGCCGCGAGGGCCUCUUCUGUGACGUGACUGUGCGGAUCCACGACGCCUCGCUACGCGCCCAUGCUUGUGUGCUGGCCGCCGGCAGCCCCUUCUUCCAGGACAAGCUGCUACUGGGCCACUCAGAAAUCUCUGUGCCACCCCUGGUGCCGGCGGAGACGGUAAAACAGCUGGUUGACUUCAUGUACAGUGGAUCUCUGGUUGUUCUGCAGUCUCAGGCUCUCUGCAUCCUAACGGCCGCCAGCAUCCUGCAGAUCAAAACGGUCAUUGACGAGUGCACCCAGAUCAUCUCGCAAAGGAAGGCCGCAGGGGCAGCUGCUGCAGCCGCAGCAGGAGGGGGAGCCAUGCUUGGUGGAGUCUUGCCCAAGCAGGAGGAGCGUGGAGGGGGUAAAGGAAGGGAGAGCGGGGGAGGGGGCAGUGGGAGUUGUUCUGGAGGUAGUGCCGGGGCUGGGGGUGGAGGUGGAGGUUACCCCAGCUUCUCUAACUUCAUGGUGGACUGCGGGGCAAACAAUAUGGGCGGGGCGCUUGGGAGUGCCAAUGUCGCCGUUAGCGAGAGCGGUGUGCCCACCACUCUGGAGCAGGCGAACCCCGUUGGGCUGAUGGCACUGGCGGACAUGGGCCCAGGGUCCAUGUGUGUUGCUGAUGGGCUGGGCUCUAGCGCUGGCCCGGUCCUCAUGAAGCAGAGCUCCAGCUGCACUCAGGACGUCCGAUACAAGCUCCGAGACCUGCUGGCACAGACGGCCAAUGGAGCUGGCUCCAGCGGGGGUGGGACAGGGAACCUCACGGCAGGCUGCGGCUCUGUUGUGGGCGGCGUGGACAGCAUGGGCAGGGACAGUCUCCGCAGCAAUGCAGCCGACCUUCCCGAUGACCUGGUGGGGAUGGACAGGUACAGCGAGGAGGAGGACAUGGACGGAAGAGAGCGAGGGAGAGAUGGAGAUCGAGAGAGGGGGGCGGGGCAUAGUCGCAAACAGAGGCAGCCACUCAGACUCCAGGUGCUUGGAGGUGAGGGAGUGGUGGUGAAAGAUGAAGGUGUGCAGGACACGGACGGGGCCGUCUACACCCUGGAGGAGGGUAGGCGAGACGGAGAGCAGGAGGGCUCCCAGGAGUCCAUGGCUGGCUUUGGACAGGAUUUCUAUGAUGAACAGGGAGUGUUUUCUGAAAGUUUCUGGCCACAGAGCGAGCCUCCCCAGACGAUGACCUUCAACCCCAGAGGAAGAGUUAGCAAGCCCCUGACUCCACCCCCAACCACUCAGUCUAUCAACAACCAGCUUCUUUUCCAGUACCCGGUGAGCCAAUCACAGCCAGCACCAUUCUUUGUGGGCGGGCCAAUGGGUGGAAUUGACAGCAUGGCUGGCUCGGAGCCCAGUCAACAGGUUCCUCCUCCGACGCCGAUGACGCCUGCCCCAGCUCCUUCCACCUCCUCCUGCUCGGCAGGCCCCUCCCCUUCCUCCCAGGGAUCCGAGACCUCAUUUGAUUGCACACACUGUGGCAAAUCGCUGCGUUCCAGGAAAAAUUACAGCAAGCACAUGUUCAUCCACUCCGGUCAAAAACCUCAUCAGUGCUCCAUCUGCUGGCGCUCCUUCUCGCUGCGGGACUACCUCCUCAAGCACAUGGUGGUUCACACAGGAGUCCGGGCCUUCCAGUGCACCGUGUGCGGAAAGCGCUUCACUCAGAAGAGCUCACUCAACGUGCACAUGCGCACGCAUCGUGCUGAGCGCACCUUUCAGUGCACCGUGUGCCACCGAGCCUUCACCCACCGCACCUUGCUGGAGCGCCACGCUCUCCAGCACGCCCACCACGGUCCUCAGGGCCAAGGGCCAGCCGGGCCAGGCCAGGGGCAGGAGCAGGGCCACGGCUCUGGAAUGACCUCACCUGUCAAGCACAGUCCCCCCACUAUGGGAGGGCCCUCAGGUAUGGCAGGCACAGGUGGCAUGGUUGGCGGUAUGGCUAACAUGCCCAGCCAUGGGGCUUCUUCCACCUAG